AUGGGUCUUCGCAUGCGCCAUGUGUAGCACCCGGAAGUUGCGGCCAGGUUGGCUAAGUUGUUAUGCUGUGUAGGGCCUCCUGCUGCCAGGGGGGAGGAUGAGCAUGUCUGGGCGAUGCCGAGAAUGCUCUUCAAGGAUCCUCAAUCGGGCGCUCCUAAAGUGUGGCGCGUGCCUUUUGGGGCUUCACGACGACGACGACGACGACGACGACGACGACGACGACGACGACGACGACGACGACGACGACGACGACAACAUCUUCGGGGGGGCGCCCCUGAAGAAAGCGGCCCUCCACAUGGCCAGCUUUGAAAAUUGCGGAACAGACAGUCACCCCCUCUGUCGGCGACUAGAGGAACAAAAAGCAACAUAAGCAUGCGUUCGCAAGGGCCCGCGUGGAUUUCCUGGAUCGGCGCUGGGCCCCCCUCACUGACGCGGGGAGCGCGAAAGGGGUGGCGCCAGAGGCGACGCCAGGGGGGCCCAGCGCCGAUAUAAGGAAUCGGAGCGGAACUUCGAGAGCAUGUUUUUAUGUCGCUCCGCUCCUUCCACUGACAAUCGGCGGCGGGCCCGGGGGGGAAAGCGCGAGGGGGCGAGCCUUCGCGGAAGGCGGCGGGGCUUCUCAGAAGCCCCCUGGCCUUUUGAGAAGCGGCGCCCGUCGUCGGAGACAGCUUGCGUAGAAGACUUCUCGGACGGCCGGACGCCUGCCGAGGACGCCUGCCGAGCCUCGUGGAGAAGGCCCGCCCCCGCACCCCCAGAACGCCCCCGGCGAGGCGCAGCCGCUGGAACGCGCGCCGGGGCCGGAAGACCGCCGAGGACCGGCGAAGACGCCCGGGCACCUCGAACUGCUAUAACUUCCCCGCAGGCUCGCCGCCGAGAAGAAGAAGACCGCGGGGCGGCUGAAAACCGAAAACUGCGGGGCGGCUGCCCAGGCCGGCUCGGGAGGAGGGAGGAGGAGGGAGGAGGAGGAGGAGGGGAGGAGGAGGGAGGAGGAAGAGCAGACCGGCUCUCCACGAGGCCGGCCCUGAAAACUGCGGGGCGGCUGCCCCGGCCGGCUCCGCGGCGGGCCCGGCAGGAGAAGGGCGCGGGCUGUACUGGCGCGAGCCUCCGGCCAGGCCGCUGGAAAGGCACCCGUCGGAGCGAAGGCCCCCGCCAACGAAAAAAAAAGAAGAGCGCGCGGGCCGCAGCACGUAGGAAGGCUCCUCCUCCUCCUCCUCCUCCUCCUCCCUCCUCC